AUGGAGUCGAUUCCAUUUGGCACACUGCCUCAUCCAGUUUCCCCAACAGCGAAGCUGACACCUUUCACCAUAUCUAUUCCCGAUCAUGAGCUUGAACGAUUGAAUUUACUACUGAAACAUUCUACGAUCGCAAGGCCCAACAUUUGGAACUCUGGCGAAGGUGGAUCGCUUGGUAUAUCCAGAGAAAAGGUUGUCAAUCUGGUAGAACAUUGGAAGAACGUCUACGACUGGAGAAAGUGGGAGUCUGCCCUCAACUCAAUCCCUCAGUACAAGAUUACCCUCUCCGACGAUGAUUCCAAAAGCUAUGAAAUUCAUUUCUUCGGCUUAUUUUCAACAAAUACGUCAGCAAUCCCAGUCGUGCUCCUCCAUGGAUGGCCAGGAUCCAUGGUAGAGUUUCUGCCUAUUCUUCUUAAGCUGAGAUCUCAGUACGAGCCGUCAUCCUUGCCAUAUCACAUCAUUGUACCUCAUUUUGUGGGAUUCCCAUUUUCGAGUGCGCCACCGCUCAACAGAGAAUUUACUCAUUUGGAUAAUGCUCGUCUCAUCACGCGUAUGGUACAUGCCUUGGGCUUCUCGGAGUCCGGGUACGUGGUCCAAGGCGGCGAUUUGGGUUCUGCAACAGCUACAGCUAUCGCUAGCGUCGAUCCGGCCUGCAAACUUGUACACGUAAACUUGCUGCAGAUCCCACCACCAGUAGGUGUUGAUAUAGAAGCUGAUAUCAAAGCCGGGAAAUAUACCCCUGAAGAAAUAAUAUCUCUCAACAAUACCGCCGAUUUCCUCAAGACAGGAACCGCUUUUAUCAUGAUUGAUGGACAUGAGCCAUCAACAGCGGGGCUGUUGAUUGGAAGCAAUCCAGUCGCACUGCUGACCUGGAUCGGUGGCAAGAUGGUCGAGUGGUCCGACGAGACGCCAGAUGUAGAUCUAAUAUUGACGAACGUGGCUCUGUACUGGUUUACUGGUUGUUACUCUACAUCUAUUGGUCAUCAUCGGCUAAUAUCUGGUGGCAACUUUGAGCCGCUCACGGGUGGCUGGAAGACGGUUGAGGUCCCCUUGGGGUACUCUUGGUUUAUGAAAGAGAUCAGCAACCCGCCCAAGGUGUGGAUUGACCAGACGGGAAAAGUCAGCUGGUAUAGAACGCAUAGCAAGGGUGGUCAUUUUGCUGCACUUGAAAAACCAGAGGAGUUGUGGGAAGAUGUCGAGGACUUCAUUGCUGAAUUCUGGUCCAAAGCAGCGUGA